CUCCAGACCCAUCACAGAUUCAUUGCCCUUCUCUGGACAUGCUCCACUGCCUUGAUAUAUUUCUUGUAGUGAGGAGCCCAAAACUGAAUGUAGUAUCCCCUUAUACUCCUUUUGUUUCCUCUUGUGUCACUCUGAACCCAUAAGGUGAAGGAUAGCUGGGAGCCAAAGCAUCAGCAAGAGAAGGGAUAAACGAGGGAUUCGGAUCUGAGGAACAAGGGGCAAGUCCUGUCCUGUGUGGUGAGGAGGCAAUAUGAUGGCUACAGCCACGCAGAAGGAAGGGCCUCUGGGGGUGGAAAGUGGCUGAAGGAGGCAGUGGGUCUCCUUCUCGGUAGCACUAGGCCUUGCCGCUCUCUCUGUUACCCAAGUGGCACCAGGGACAACAGCCAGAACUUGUGGCUCCCACCCCUCUGUUCUGCUCACUCUGUCUCGGAGGCAGCAGGAUGCAGCCACAGCUCUUCGGACACCCAUCGGUGUGGGGUGUGCAGAUGUAAAAUCCUCUAUCUCAGCUCAGCACAGCUUGUUUCAGUUUGCACAUCUCCAGGUUUCCCCAGUGACCUGCAAGUUAGAAAAAUGGGAAAGAUUACAGCACACUGUCAAAGUCUAUAAGGUAUAAAGUAUCAAAUUGUUGAAUAUUCUAUGAAAUUAAGUCUAGAGCCAAAUCUACCUUCCACAGUAGAAACAUACAUCUUUUCAGAAAUAUGCUUUGUGGUUUUGCCAGCUUGGCAGAUGAAUCUUUGGGAAGAAAACAGAUUUAUUUAUUGAAAACACUUCUGAUAGGAAACUCCACCCUGACAGUUGCUGAGGUUUUGUCCAAAGGAAAAAAUGAGAGAGAAAUGAGUGUUGUGAAAAAAAGCUGUUCAGAUUAGGUAUAUUUGCACCCUCAUUUGUUCUGCAUGUUCCUAAGGAGGUGACUAUGAAGAUCACCAACCAAAGCAAAGCUUUCAUACCUUAAAGUCAACAAGUCUGUAGUGUCUGGGUCUGUCCUGACACUGUGACACCACCAAAACAGAAGGCAUGGAGCUAGUGCUGUCUGGGUCUGUGUCCAAAAAUAUCUAGCACUUCCAACCUCCGGUUUACCAGGAUAAAUAAUGAAUAAUAUCAGAGUUUUCAGAGGUUUUUCAUUAAUGUAAGCAAUAAUCAAACAUGCUUGAGAGACUACAUGCUGAUUGAAAAGCUUAGGAAAAGCUAGGAAGAGAAGUAAGGCUGUUUGGAUGACUAGAAUUUUGUAUUUAUACUCUUCCAAGCUUUCUUUUGCAAACGUUGCUUUCCUAGGAUACCUAUCGCUUCUAGAUAUUUAUUUAUUUUUAAACUAUUGCUCUCUAAGACACUUCUUCUGGGUAUUAUUAGUAUAUAUAUAUUCAGUCUGUCCUGGACUGUAGAAAAGCUAAACUUUUUUUUUAUUCCUGAAAUUUCUCUGAUUUCUAUGUAAGAUGAAAGACUGUGUUACUAAUAAUCAGCAGAAUCUCCAGUGGCUGUGACUGCCCUUGAGAGCCUUUUAAUUCUGUAACCCUGUGUGUGGGGCUGUGGAGGACCAAAUGCAAAGUGGAGGAAGAUGUGAUCCAUGUGCUAUGUAGGACGUGACUUUGGGAACUUGGAUGGAAUAGUGGAAUAUAGAAAUAUGUGGUACUGGUAGACAAAAGCAUCUCAGCAUGAGGAGGAAGAGGACAUUUAGUCAUACUGUGUGUGAGGAAGAGCACUGUCUGUUGUCUGACUUUGAAUAAAUGUCAUUUAGCCAUAAGCUGAAAUGCCACCAUAGCGCAGGCCAUACCCGAUGACAAUUCAGCAUUUAAUACAGAGCUGUGAUACUCACUAAAAUUCUACUGAACUGAGGAGACAAAAACACAGCUUGAGGUCACUUCAAAUACAUGGUUUGUUGGUUGGUUAGUUGGUUGACGGGUUGGUGUGUUGGCUGGUUACCAGUACUACAAGCAGUGUAGGCUCUGGAUGCUCCUUGGUGGGUCUGAGCAGGGACAGCAGAGAUACUUCCAUACACACGGGGCUUUGCAAACACCAUCACUGGUUGGGGAGCAUGCUGACAUGAGCUGUCAGGAGCACAGUCUUUCCUUUGGGUCAGGGCCUGGCAAGAGCCAGUUCCCCACAUGUGCCUCUUGAUGUACCCAAAUAACCAUAGUAACCCAAGACCUGAAGAGCAAAACAUCUCUGGAGUCUCGAGGCUUAUUUGAUGUUGAGACAAGAGAAGCCAAGCCAAUAGCCUCCAAACUGAGAAGAUUUCCAGGAAGAAAAAAGAAAGGCCCCACCCCGCUAUCUGUCAAAGAUCACAAUAUUGUAAACAUCUCAAAUCUCUGCAAUGGUUUGUUGAAACUGUCUCGAGUGAAAACCUACUGUACAUUUGCCCUAUGAAAACCAUUUUAUGGGUGUCCUUUCCUUUAAAGUUAUGAGUGUGGUUGGGGAAAAGGGUCACCAUCAGGUUCAGAGUCGUUUUCCACAUGGGAGAGUCCUAUCACACCAAAGCAUCUGCUUCACUUCUGGAUGUGCUGGUCUCUCUCCUGGCUUUCCUGCAAGAAGCUGAAUCACUUCUAUGUUUAUAAUAAAAGUGAUUUUUUAUCCAGUUGUUUUUCUUCAACAGACCUAUUCAAAAUCUCAGAUAAAAUCUUCUGGAAAUGCCAUAAGUCCUGAGAUGGAUGUCCAAAUGGCUGCCAGGACCCAAUGUUUUGUGGCCUGAAGGACCGUCUUUGUUUUGGAGCUCAGACCCAGGAACACAAGCCAGAGCCCUGAUCUCUCCAGGCAAUCACAGGAUAUAAAACGAUGCUCAAAAGCAAGCUCCAGAGAGCCUUGGUAACCUCCAAGAACACGCUGAGUGUAGGGAGAGCAGCAGAGGCAAAGCAGACAUGAGGAAGCUGCUGGCACCGCUGACCUUGACUCUGGCCCUGGCAGUGCUCUGCUGCUGUGAGAAAGAUCCCAAAGAGCCCUCAGGAUCUCCCAGCGCUGCCAGCAUCACAGUUAAAAAGGAAGUUGCCAAUGCCUUUGUGAAGAGGCAGAAGAGAUUCGACAUGUAUGAAUGGUACUCUGAGUAUUACAAGAGCCCAAUGGAGCAGAUGCGUGAGCGCUGUGAAAGCUACCCUCCCUGUGACUAUCUGUCUGACCAAAUAGGAUUUCCCAUGGCCUACAAUCGUUUCUUUGGGAGAUACUAAGGAUGGGAUGAUUAUUUUGAUCAUCUGACCGUUCUGAACCCCCCAGCAGAAAGAAUCUUGUGGAUAGGAAGAAGGGAAGAAGGACAUCUACACUGGGACCUUCUUCUGUUGUCUCCUUUGCCAGCUGAAACACGAAGGCAAUAAUUAUCCCACUUGUCUGGAUUGCAUCGGCUUUCUUGCUUUCAUCAAAAAUGUUUCUUCUCUGUUGUCUUCUGUGGUAUUUUCAGUGCCAGCAGAAAUGGCUGAGAAGACUCUGUGUUACCUGCUUCCUUUGUAAAUACUAUUACAUAGCCAGAAAUCACGUCCCAGUAUGCUCUUCUUAUUAUUCUAUCACAAAAUUUGCCUGUAUAACAUCAAUAUUAAAAUCCCCAGAAGAGUGUUUGAAGACCUUUUAGACAAGCUCUUCCAUUUGUGUGCUACAUUCAGUGACUGUGAAAAAUGAAUCAGAAAUCUCUUACUGCAACUGAUUGCUGGUGAAACUGAGUAUACCGAAGCAGAACAAAAAAAUCUGUCCCUCUCUGAUGCUUUAGUUUUUGUGCUUGAAACUAAACUUAUCAAAAUAACUCCCCAAAAGCAAACAAAAUAAAGCAAUAAACUUUAUGAAAUAAAAAGAAAGCCAUUCAGCGGUGGAUUGAAGUUGGGACAGCAUUUUGUUCAUUCAAGGCAUCUUGCCUCUCUCUUUAUAUAUAUAAUGUAUAUAUGUAUCUUAUAUAUAUAUAUAUAUAUAUGUAUCUUCUUCCCUCUACACUGCUUCGUUGUAUCUCUCUGUAUGAAUGUUAUACAUCAGCAACUUUCUGCAGUCUCCCUUGACAUGGUCUGUCAGCACGUUUUCCCUGAGGAGGUAGAUGGCAAAUCCUAUCUCCAAAAAGUAGAAACUGCUGAACCUCAAGAAACUGAGAAAGACCAAAUCUCUCUGGUUUCAUGUAAGCUGGUGCAGCCAUUCCCAGAUGCUCACUGCAAUAAAUACUGCUUAUGUAAAGUA